AUGCCAAGAUUGGAUCGCAAAAGGUGGUGCUGUGAUUUCCUUGAUGUUCAAGUGCACUGGCCCUUUGUGAUAGAGUACUUGACAGCUAACCCGCGGGCGCUUGAGGAAGACAAGUAUCAUACCUUUGACGCCUACAAUCACGUCAUCCUCCUCGACAUGGUUCGCAGGUGGAAGCUGCAACGAAUGUCUACCUUCGACAAUUUCUACGAGUACCAUGAAGAAGGCGGCACUGUUGCAUCGUGCUGCGCGUAUUUGCAGGAAGACUUCUACGCUGGCCUCAACGACGAGAAAUUCAACGAUCCUCGGCUUCGAGAGGAAAUACGAAACGAAGUGCUGUGA